AUGACUGCUGGAGACAAGACGGCUUCAGUCCUCAUGCCUGCUCCAGAGAUCGAAUCUGAUGGCGAAUCGGACAGCGAGGGACUACUAAUAAACACCAAUAGGGAGCGCCGUGGCAGCCUCACCCUCCUCUCUCGCUCCCCAUCUGACUCUGCGGGGAGCUUAACCGCGCGUGUCACCCGACCUGAAACGCCAAUCAGAGCUGCAGCAAUGAAGCUAUUGAGGAGUCGGACCGAGAACACAGAGACCCCGUUCACACCACGCCCAUACCGUUUCGGAGCGCUACAAGACCUCGACGACCUGCCGACCCUGAAAAGUUGGUGCCCGGCAUCCAGCAGGGCCUCUACCGCCGUACAAGAGGAAAGGAUCAGGAAACUCACCAGCGGGAACAGCAUGACGUGA